CACUCUGCUGGCACGGCACGGCAUGGCAGGAACACAACAGUAAACGGCAGCCCUAACUGUCACAAAAUUCAGUUUUGCGUUCACACUGAGAGAAAGGGGACUCGGAAAAUCGGAAACUCGGAAACUCGUAAACUCGGAACGGAGCUAAGUACGAAUCAAAAUUUUACGUUUGCGGCCGCUGCGGCGUCCUCGUCGUGAUAUAACAGUCUUCGAGGAGUUGCUUGGUUUCGCUCACCUCGGCACCUUGCGCGACCCCCUCCCCCUCCCACUCAGACGGGAGUUUCCCUCUCUCGUCGUCGUCGCAACAGCAGCUGCAGCAGCACUAGCAGCAGGAGCAGCAGAAGUGGAGUCGGGCUCGAAGUCAAAGUCCCCCAUGCUGGAGUUACAUUGACCCUACGGCGUGGGACGAAGGAGUCAGCAGAGGAGCGCAACGAUAAUCACUGUGUUUUUGGACAAUUCGUUUGACAAUUGAGGAAGUGAGCCGCAACUUUUAAAUGAAGAAACAUGGGGAAUGGCAUGAACAAGGUCUUGCCGGGACUGUAUGUGGGCAAUUACCGCGACUCCAAGGAUCACGCGCAGCUGGAGAGAUUCCAGAUCUCGCACAUCAUCGCCAUACAUGACAGUCCCAGACGUUUGUUACCGGACAAACACUACUUAUGCGUCAUGGCCUCGGACACGCCGGACCAGAACCUCUCCCAAUACUUUUCCGUCUGCAAUGAUUUUAUCCACGCCGCCCGGUUGCGGGAGGGCAACGUGCUCAUCCACUGCCUGGCGGGAAUGUCGCGCUCGGUGACCGUAGCCGUGGCCUACAUCAUGACGUCCACGCAUCUCAACUGGAAGGAGGCGUUGAAGGUGGUGCGCGCGGGCCGCGCCGUAGCCAAUCCGAACACCGGUUUCCAGAACCAGCUGCAGGAGUUUGAACAGUUCAAGCUGUCCGAGGAGCGACGCCGGCUAAGGGAGCGUUUCCCUUCUUCGGCAUUGGAGCAGCUGGACCGCCUGAAGGUCGCCACGGCCCUGAACAACUACAAGGAGCUGCUGCAGAACAGGGACAUCUGCGAGGGCAACUGUUCCCGCGGCGAGAAGUGUCCUACAGGCGUCUGCAACAUGGACCCCACCAAGGGAUUGUUUCGGCGCCGUCCCUCGACGGCCUCGACGCACUCGCGAUUCCGUGCCCAAUCCUCCAACGCCAACGCCUCGUCCAGCACGCUCAGUGUAAGCGGCAUCGCCGCCCAGUCCUGCCCCACAUCGCCGAAGCACUCGCCCCUGCCGCUGCCCCGCCGCUCGGUGGGCAACGACCGCACCUCCAUACCCGAGGACGAUAUUCCCCUCGACCAGCCGCCCACCACCUCCAGCGAGGCGGCCCAGUAUGCCGCUGCCAUCGAGGACGCCCGUCGAGAGCAGGAGCAGCGCAUGGAACAGCGCAUGGAGCAGCGCAUGGAUCAGCGCUCGGAGCAGCGUUCUGAUCAGCGCUCGGAGCAGCGCUCUCAGCAGCUUUACAAGAGCCAGUACUCGCCGAGGCCAGGAAGCUCCUCGAGCGGCACUCCACGGGUGAAUAGUGCCGGCAGCCGGAGGGAGUCCAAGGUCAAGGAGGGCGACGGCUCAUCCUCAUCCCAGCUGCAGCGCAGUGCCAGCACCGUGAGCGGUUUUGGAGUGCGUCCUCGAAGCAGUCCGGCAGGUCUGCAUGCCUACACGGGUUCGGUCCCCUCCUCCGUCCACGGAUCACGCGUGGAUCUGCGAGAUCCCGACAAGGGAUCCGCCAUUUAUCUGGGCUGCUCCGCGCCGCGGGCCUCCACUCUGUCUAUAUCAUCGUCGCGUGGCUCGUCGGGUGGCUCCGCCCCUCCUUCGCCCUGUAACACACCGCCUGUCAGUCCACGUCACGGGGUUAGGAGAUCCACUAGUCUGGUGAAAAAGCCGAGAUGAAGGCCAGGCCAGAGGGGAUGGAUUAUGCGUAAGGCGAGCUGCACCUGCACCCACUGCAUCCACUGGAACUACUUAGUCUGUAAUCAGUAAACAGUAAACCGUAAUCCUUAGUCCUUAAUCCGUAAUCCGUAAUCCGUAAUGCCUAGGCAACCCCCAUGGCAUCCAUUGGAAAACGCGCGCGAGACCUGCAGAAUUAUUUGAAGAAGAAGAACAAGGAUUUCGUGGAUGGGUACCCUCUGACUUACUGUUAUUAGACGCCGAGGCUGUGGCAUCCUACGUUGCUAGCUUUGGCUGCUGAGCCCCUCGGCUUCAGGAGCAGCUUGAAUCAAAAUCAGAUGUUGACAGAUUAUUUUUCAGAGACGCAUUUAAAAAGUACCGACAUAUACAUAUACACACAUA